GGCCCUGAGGUGGCCGAACGUGCCGCGGGGGGAGUCGGCGCUUGGAGGACCCAAGAAUAUCUAAAGCCACGGGGAAAAUGGUGGAAAAUUCACUGUCUCCAUUGCCAGGGAGAGCGAUUUAUGGCUUUGUUCUUUUCUUAAGCUCCCAGUUUGGUUUCAUACUGUAUCUUGUGUGGGCUUUUAUUCCUGAAUCUUGGCUAAACUCCUUAGGCUUAACUUACUGGCCUCAAAAGGAUUGGGCCGUUGCUCUGCCUGUGUAUCUCCUCAUUACCAUAGUCAUCGGUUACAUCCUCUUAUGUGGAAUAAACAUGAUGAGUACCUCUCCACUCGACUCCAUUCAUAAUAUCACAGAUAACUAUGCCAAAAAUCAACAGCGCAAGAAAGACCAAGAAGAGGCCAUCUCAGCACUAAGAGAUAUUCCUAUUAGUGAAGUAAACCAAAUGUUCUUUCUUGAAGCCAAAUAACUUUACACCAAAAACUUAAUUGUAUGUGGACUAAUACCAAACAUUUAUUAUAAAUUUUUGACAUAAAGGUUUCAACCAUACUAA